CUGUCUGGUAGACCAACCAGUCAAAACCACACUUUUGAGUAUUGCGUUUCAAAACCCUAUUUCUUACCCAACAAACGUUCCUAGAUCUUUUCCUUACAGUAAUUCUUGGAUCACCCGCGUAUCCACCUCAAAGUCAUACACCUUUCUAAAGUCUCUUUCUCUCCUACACCCAACACACAUCUGCAGGUCUAUACUUAAUUUCUUUACCUUCUUCUCUUCUCUCCCCUUACCUUAUUUCCUCUCUUCCUUUUCAUUGAGAAUAAAAAGGUUUGAUUUUCGGCUCAGAUCCACGCCAACACUCAUUUUCAUUGCCUAUUUACUUGUCACCAAAACCCAGAAGCCAAAUUUUUCCACUUUUCCACUUUUUCUUUUUCCCACUUUUGGAUAACUAUUCCGAAGGAAGAUAUAUAGAUAUGGUUCCACAGAAGUAUUAACCGAAAGCCUGCUGUUUCAAAAUCCUGUCGGGAACCAUGGCUGCGCCACUAGGCACUAGCCUUCAAAGCAUGUUGCAGGCUGCGGUGCAAUCUGUUCAGUGGACUUAUAGUCUCUUCUGGCAACUUUGUCCACAACAAGGGAUUCUGGUUUGGGGUGAUGGUUACUACAAUGGAGCAAUUAAAACACGGAAGACGGUGCAACCAAUGGAGGUGAGUGCUGAAGAGGCUUCUCUCCAAAGAAGUCAGCAACUUAGAGAACUCUAUGAAUCACUGUCCGCCGGAGAGACAAACCCGCCUUGUCGCCGGCCUUGUGCCGCCUUGUCGCCUGAGGACUUAACAGAAUCCGAAUGGUUCUAUUUGAUGUGUGUCUCAUUCUCCUUUCCACCUGGUGUUGGGUUGCCUGGAAAGGCAUAUGCGAGGAGGCAGCAUCUAUGGCUCACGGGUGCAAACGAGGUGGACAGCAAAACGUUUUCACGAGCUAUUCUAGCCAAGAGUGCUCGCAUACAGACCGUGGUGUGCAUUCCUUUAUUGGACGGUGUGGUUGAGUUUGGCACAAUGGAUAAGGUUCAAGAAGACCUCAGCUUCAUCCAACACGUGGAGACCUUCUUCAUAGACCACCUCAACCCUCUGCCACCGAAGCCUGCCUUGUCGGAGCACUCAACCUCAAACCCCGCCUCCUCCUCUGAACACAUCCCCGCCGUCAUGUAUACCGUCGUGGAUCCACUUGCCGCCAAUCCCAACCUAAAUGAUGACAUGGAUGAGGAUAUUGAGGAGGAAGAGGAGGAGGAAGAGGAAGAUGAGGAGCCGGAAUCUGGUUCCGAAGACAAAGCCGGAUACGGCAUCGCUCGCCAAACUCCAACACCAGCCAUGGCGGCAGAGCCCAGCGAGCUGAUACAACUAGAGAUGCCGGAGGACAUCCGGCUUGGGUCUCCAAACGAUGGGUCAAACAACUUAGACUCAGAUUUUCACUUGCUGGCGGUGAGUCAGGGUGUUAACACAGCGGGGCAGGCUGAGUCAACUCGGAGGUGGGGCCUGAGUCAAAACCCCAUGCAAGUUCAACUACCGACUUCAGCCCUUCAUCCAUUGGAAGACUUGACACAAGAGGACACUCACUACUCUCAAACAGUGUCCAACAUCCUCCAAAACCAGUUCACACGGUGGCCAGCCUCACCCUCCUCCGUUGGAUACGUCACAUACUCCACGCAAUCAGCAUUCGCAAAAUGGAGCAGCCGCGCCAGCCACCACCACUUCCACCCGGCGGCGGCGGCGGACGGCACCAGCCAGUGCAUCCUCAAGUACAUCCUCUUCACGGUCCCGUACCUCCACGCCAAGAACCCCGGCGAGAGUUCUCCCCAAACCACCGCCGCGGAUACCAAACUCCGCGGCAAGGGAGCGCCGCAGGAGGAGCUCAGCGCCAACCACGUGCUGGCCGAGCGCCGCCGUCGCGAGAAGCUGAACGAGAGGUUCAUAAUCCUGCGGUCGCUGGUCCCCUUCGUGACCAAAAUGGACAAGGCGUCGAUAUUGGGAGACACCAUCGAGUACGUGAAGCAGUUGCGGCGGAAGAUCCAGGAGCUCGAGGCGCGUAACCGCCAGAUGACGGAGGCGGAACAACGUUCCAAGCUCCCAGAGAUAGCAGUUCAGAGAACAAGUAGCAGUUCGAGCAAGGAGCAACAGAGGAGUGGGGUGACAAUGACGGAGAAGAGGAAGGUGAGGAUCGUGGAAGGGGUGGUGGCGAAGGCGAAGGCGGUGGAGGCUGAGGCCACCACGUCGGUGCAAGUUUCGAUCAUAGAAAGCGACGCACUGUUGGAGAUCGAGUGUCGUCACAAAGAAGGGUUGCUUCUGGACGUGAUGCAGAUGCUGAGGGAGGUGAGGAUAGAAGUUAUAGGGGUGCAGUCGUCGCUUAACAAUGGGGUGUUCGUGGCGGAGUUGAGGGCUAAGGUGAAGGAAAAUGCAAACGGGAAGAAGGUCAGCAUUGUGGAAGUGAAGAGGGCACUUAACCAAAUUAUACCCCAUGCUGUUGACUAAAGAGGGGGUGCAUGCUUGAAUUUUCAGGGCUUGACUUUAUGGAUGAAUAUUCCAAGUAGAAUUAACUGGCUAUUUCUCUUGCAAUCCACACUAUUUGUACUUCCAAUCACAAUGGCUUAAUGUGUAUCUAUGAUUCAAGCCAGGUGUGAAGUCUAGUCAAUAAACCCAUAAUUAAGUAUUGUCACGAAGGCUAGCUGAUGAAAUAGAAAGAAGCUAGGGAACAUUAGUGUUGUCUUUAGAGUUUUAGCAGAUUAAUUAAAAUAGUUUACAUUCUAUAAUUUUAGUGUAGUAAUGAUGUAAUGAUCGAUGUAGUUGAGAACAAUUGAAAUUAAUAUAGAAAAAAAAGUAUGUAUAAUUACUUUA